AUGUUGAAUGAGACAGGGUCAGGAACAGAAUCCGACAGUGAUGAAUCAGUACCAGAGCUUGAGGAACAGGAUUCCACACAGGCAACCACACAAGAAGCACAGCUGGCGGCAGCAGCUGGAAUCCAUGAAGAACCAGUCAAUGUUUAUAAGAUCCCAGCUUCAGAUACCUACAUAGUUUUUGGUGAAGCCAAGAUUGAGGACUUAUCUCAGCAAGCACAGCUAGCAGCUGCUGAGAAAUUCAAAGUUCAAGGUGAAGCUGUCUCAAACUUUCAAGAAAACCCACAAAUUCCAACUGUUCAAGAGGAGAGUGAAGAGGAAGAGGUUGAUGAAACAGGUGUUGAAGUUAAGGAUAUAGAGUUAGUCAUGUCACAAGCAAAUGUGUCGAGAGCAAAGGUGGUCCGAGCCCUGAAGAACAACAGUAAUGGUAUUGUAAAUGCUAUUAUGGGAUUAACAAUGUAG